GUAUUGUGGGUAAAUAUGUAAAAUAGCCUGUGUCAAUCAACUACCCUCAUAUUUCAAUAUUGCCGUCCCGCCGGUUUGAGCGUUCGCCAAUCAACUUGACGGUCCCACCCAGUCAACAUUUGGACCGUUUGCUUAACCUAUUUGUUGCCUUGAAUGUUGACGUCCAACUUACAUAUACGUAGACCUCCCCAAGUUUCCAAUGCAACAUCUGGAGACUAUGCAUACGCAAAUAUAACUCUCACUUAUCCCACCUUUGAUCGCCAUGGAAAGUCUCACUAGCACCAUCCUGGAUGCUAUCAACAACCCUCAGCCAACCGACUCAAUCCUGGAAUGCUUUGAGCACGACACCGCACAGCUUCUCUCUUGUCUUCGAGAUGAUGCCACUGCAACCCUUGCUCUGGCAGAUUCUAAACUACGUGUUUUCCCGUUCAAAGAUGUAAAGGAAUCUUGGCGACGGCUGUACACCGACGCAUGCAUCGUGCUCGCUAUACGUUUGAUUCAACAUAAUAUCCUUGGGGAAGAGGAUCGAUCCAAUCCUCAAAAUACGCGACAUGAGAAUCCAAUAUACGAAGCCAGCCAGCAACAGCAUGUUCAAGACAACGCCUCGUGGCUUGAUGCAGCCGUGCACUAUCUGGACAUGGCGCUAAUCAUGACUGGGGCGCCUUCACGCGAAGGGGUGAUAGAAUCUCUCUUCUCUGCUCUGAAAGACUGGCGGAAAAGCCAGAUGAAAGAAGAUUCUCCACAACCUGACACUGUGUCUCGCGAAGGCUCUGAUUCUGAAGCACGUCCCCUGAAGCGCAGGAAGUUGUCGCCGCCGCUCUUCCCGCCAGACUCGGCACCUGUCCCUAGUAUAUUGGAGCACCCUAUUCCCCGCGUCUCUGCGCCGUCAUUUGAUAAGAUAGAAUCACAUAUACAGGACGUGCGUACCCCGCUUAUCAUCACGGGUGCCGUAGAUCAUUGGCCGGCUAUCUCUGAGCGACCGUGGGCGUCGAGAGACUAUUGGUAUGAGCAGACGUUGGACGGAAGACGGCUUGUUCCCGUUGAGAUCGGACGAUCGUACACAGAUGAAGGAUGGGGCCAACAGAUCAUACCCUUUGCAGAAUUUGUCGAUAAUUACAUUUGGAGAUCGCACAGAGACACCGCAGCAUCAGCCGCAAACGAUAGCAAGAAUGGGGAGCAGAUGAAAAAGGAAGAUGAGACUGGGUACAUGGCGCAACAUGAUCUUUUAGCACAGAUCCCAGCAUUGCGAAAAGAUAUCAGUAUACCUGACUUUUGCUACAUCGACCCUCCUGGUCCAGAGGCCGGCACACCGGUGUACGAGAAGAAGAAGCGUGAUCAAGAAACUGCUACUAAGCAAAUUGAAGAACUAGGGGAUGGAGAAAACAGCGUCGCUGAUACAGGCAGCAAGCUGAGAAAUCUCUCGAGCAAGGGAAACCGCGCUGCCAGCUACUCUGACAACGACACCGACAUCGGUAUUCCUAGCGACCCGAUCAUCAAUACCUGGAUCGGUCCAUCUUGGACAAUAUCUCCGCUACACCACGACCCUUACCAUAAUAUUCUCGUUCAAGUCGUCGGCGCAAAGUACAUUCGGCUAUACUCGCCACAUACACCAGCAUCGCAAAUCCAUCCUCGAGGAAUGGAGGCUGUCGACUCUGAUAACCAGCCGAGUGCAGACGAAACUGCUGAGAAUCUCGGACAUGCCAAUGCUGCUGCUACUGGCCAGUUGAUUGACAUGUCAAAUACCUCCAAAGUCGAUAUCGCCGCCAUUGAGCUGUCGCCCGCCGAGUCCGACCUGUGGGAAUCAAUGUGGCCAGGCUUUACAGAAGCAGAGUAUGUCGAGACCGUUUUGAAGGAAGGGGAAUGUCUUUAUAUUCCAGUCGGUUGGUGGCAUUAUGUGCGUGGGUUGAGAGCAGGUAUCAGCGUUAGCUUUUGGUGGGGAUGAUUACGGUUUUUGAUACAUAUUUUUGUUUGCCAAAAAUAUACCUAUUCCCUAGAUUCAUACUUAAUUUUGGCAUCCUCUACUCAAUAUUUGAAUACAGAUAAAAUCGUGCCUGGCAUUCAACGUUC